AAUCAAUAAUACAUCAAUUUAUUUUACAUGGUAUCAGAGCAAGGUUAAGAAGCUAGUAAUUUUGCUUCACCUGCGGGCGGCAGCCUCGCCUUGGCCGCCCGCCGGACCUCUACACAUACCUUGACUCCGCUGCCACUAAACCCAAUUCAACAUUCACCUUCAAGAUCAGAGCAUCAUCACCAUCAUCCAUCUUGGUCACCUCCACCAACACACAUGGGCUAAGACCAAGGCCUCUCUCUCUCUGUCUUUUCUGCAGAAAGGGCCGACCCGUCGGAAUCUCGCAUUUUCGAAGCCGUGCAAGUCGUUCACUCUAUUCAAUGGCUGAUGAAGCCACUUCCUCCUUCUGGUUUGCCACCCAUUGCUUAGCAACCAAACCAGCCUUCAAUAUCUCUGUUACCAAAAAUGCAUUCUUGGGUUGUUCCGAGGCAAUUAGUUAUCAAAAAAAAGACCCAUCAUCUAUCCCCGAUGCAGUUAACAGAGCUGGAUUGAUGCUACCUCUUGUUGCAAAGCCUUUGGUCGUCGAUGGAAGUGCAAAGUCACAUGAAUUGUCACUAGCAUAUGAUCAAUACUCCCUCCAGAUACUUGAACCUCCACUUGUUCUACAGGAGUUUGUUAACCAUGGAGGUGUUCUCUUCAAGGUUUACAUCAUUGGGGAAGCUAUUAAGGUUGUCAGGCGCUUCUCUUUACCUGAUGUUAGAAAACGUGAGCUAUCAACAAAUACUGGGGUAUUCCGCUUUCCAAGGGUUUCUUGUGCUGCAGCAUCUGCUGAUGAUGCAGAUCUGGACCCCAUGGUUGCUGAGCUUCCUCCACGACCUUUGCUUGAGAGACUUGCCAGGGAACUUCGUCGGCGACUGGGCCUUCGGCUAUUCAACUUGGAUAUUAUUAGAGAGCAUGAGAGCCUCACCAUAUCUCUAGCAACUUUUUACUUAUUUUAUAAUAAUAAUAAUUAUUAUUAUUAUUUUCUCUCCUCUUUUUUGGCAGUUUGAAAACAUACUUUUCACACUCUCUCUCUCUCCACACAAGGACACCCACCAUUUUGUCAACUUUCUAACCUAUCUUCUUUCACCUUUUGCACCCCACUCACCGACUCCCUCACCACCAAAAGGAAUACCUUUAUUUAUUUAUCUUAUCUUUCUUGUGUUCCAUUUUUCACAAAAAAAAAAAAAAAAAAAAAAAAAAAA